CGGGCCACCACCGCACCGCCAAAAGCCUCAUCUUCAGAAGGAACCAUCUUCCGCAGGGCUCUCGACGAUGAAAUGGAUGUUGUGCGUCCUCUGAUAGGCGACGCGCGGCCCGUCCCGGCCGGCGGCGGCCAGCAGGCAGACGACGACGACGACCUUCCCGCCGCCUCCGUCUCAUGGGCCUCGUGCUUCAAACCCCCCGACGCCAUCAUGACACCCGCCGAGGCACAAGUCGCAGCAGUCUGCCCAGCGCCACGGGGCACCGCAGAGGACAGACUGCUCAGUGCUUUGCGCGCACGGCCGCCACCUCCGCCAGGGCCGCAGCCGCUCAAGCACGGCUCGGUCGUGACGGGGCUGUACAGGCGGGACUUUUGGGUCGGCCAGCCAUCAUCAUCAUCAUCACCGCGGCUCGCGGUAGCGUCGGCGGCCUUGUCGAGCUCGUUGGCGUCGAUUUACGCGAGCGUGAAUGCCCGCAGCGCCGGCGCGGAAGUGCUACUGCCAGAACCGGCAAGGAUCCUGGGAGUGCGCGAGGCGGACUUUUGUGACCGCCAGGUGCUGCAUUAUGCGUUCCAAGCGACCCCAGAGGAGAUUAUUGAGAGCGAUCGAGACUGUGGUGAUGUUGAUGAUGUUGAUGGUGCUGGUGCUGGUAAUGAGUCGUCACGACUGUUUGACACGCUCAAAGCCUGGGAAAAGGCUGUCGACUGUGCUGCGUCUACGCGCGGGCCGCCAGAGGAGGGGAUUGUGUAUCUUCAGGCCGAGGACAACGUGAUCAUGCAGAAGAUAUUCAAGAAAUUGAUGAACUUGCACGGCCAAGAAGUCGACAUCGCGGACGAUGGGGAGAAGGCAGUAGAUAUGUACAUGGCCAAUCCCGCCCGGUACAGAUGCAUAUUGAUGGACAUGACACUACCCACGAUCGACGGCAUCGAGGCGGCCCGCCGGAUCCGGGCCUUUGAGAAGGAACAGCAGCGCAAACUCGACCCCAAGAGCCCGUCCGCGGUCAUCAGACCAGCCGUCAUCAUCGCCAUGGCCAUCACCACUGACUGGCACCAGCCUGUAUAUGAGCCCGAGAACAUGUGCUUGUUCGACGUGGUGGUGGUGAAAACCAGACUCACCCAACUACUCGUGCCGUUGCUCCUCGGCGGGCCGGACACGAACCUGCUGAUCCAGCACGGCGAGCUGACCGAGGCUGAGAGGCGCGCCUUCCCCCGGGUUAAACGGCACCCGGGCUUCUGGAGGGUACAGCGGGGAGGAGUAGGAGCGGGAGGAGGGGGAGGUGCAUGUGCGAGGCACAGGGCCAUCGUGGAGGAUCUGCGACAGCGGGUACGCAAGAUGGAGGAGGCGAGAAGCUUCCCGCCAAACACGUGGCUCGACUUUAAAAACAGCCUGGAGAUCAGAGUGAGCGCUGUGAAACACGCAGGAGCCCGAGAAUAAGACUGCACAUCACUGUCAUUGUGUAUGAGGCAUCACGAAAGUAGAGUGCAGUCUUUGUAAGCUUACAGACACUGUCGGGUGCAUACACAGAAUACUGCGCGGAAUGGGAUCAAGAUAUACGCCCGCAUUAAUACUGCAUCCGACCGACACGCAUCUCGCGUGUGCCGAACCCAGUCAGGCUGCGCCAAAGAGUCCCUCUUCUUCUUCUUCUUCUUCUUCUUCUUCUGGUGUGGGGUAUGAGUCGAGCUGCAAGCAGAGACCAGCACGCAA